CACUAGCUUCUCAUAUAAUCUUUCUUCAAUGGCGUUUCAUCCACUCACUAUAGUAUUGCUUCUUGCAUUGGCUCUCUCAGGGAUUCAGCUUUCAACAUGUCAAGUUCUUAAAGGCAAAGUGUCUUGCCUUGACUGCGGUGGCCAUUAUGACUACUCAGAGAUUAAGGUUGGAGUGAAGUGUGACAAAGUAAGAAAGUUGGCCACAACAACCACACAAAGCGAUGGUUCCUUUGAAGUUAAGCUUCCUCCAGGCAGCUCAACGGCAGCAACUCCUCUGAUUUGCCUAGCUAAGCUUCUCGGUGGUCCAAGUCAGCUCUAUGUCUCAAGACAAAACAUGGUGUCCAAGAUUGUUCAAACCCAUGAUUCUAACUCGUACACCAUCUCCACUCCUCUUUCCUUCUCCUCUACAUGUUCUGCAGGAGGUGGAAAAUGUGGAGUCUCCAACGAGUUUGGCUCAUCCAAAACGUUUGACCUGCCUCUGCCAAGGGAAUGGGGCCUUGCACCAUCAAGUUACUAUGUUCCUUUCUUUCCCAUCAUCGGCAUCCCUUGAUUGUUGUUCUAGCUGUUUAGUUCCGUCUUUAAUGUAAUGCACAAGGAAUUAUAGGUGUGCUAUCUAUGGCUACAAGUGUGGAGAUCGAUAAUUUCUGCAGGUGUGCUUUUGUUACUUCUACUGUAGGUGUGCUUUUGUUA